AAAUAUCUGGGACUGAAAAUAAUCAUCCCCUCUGUCCCCCUCUAGGUAGCAAAGAAGAAACACAAGCCAUGGACAACCUCACCUCUGCGGCUGGGAAUGGCAGCCUGUGCACCAGAGAUUACAAAAUCACCCAGGUCCUCUUCCCGCUCCUCUAUACCAUGCUGUUUUUCGUUGGACUCAUCACAAACAGCCUGGCAAUGAGGAUUUUCUUUCAAAUCCACAGUAAAUCCAACUUUAUUAUUUUCCUUAAGAACACAGUCAUUUCUGAUCUUCUCAUGAUUCUGACUUUUCCAUUUAAAGUCCUCAGCGAUGCCAAACUGGGAACAGGACCGCUGAGAGCCUUUGUGUGCCAAGUGACCUCCGUUGUAUUUUACUUCACGAUGUAUAUCAGUAUCUCAUUUCUAGGACUGAUAACGAUCGAUCGCUACCAGAAGACCACCAGGCCAUUUAAAACAUCCAACCCCAGCAAUCUCUUGGGGGCUAAGAUUCUCUCUGUCAUCAUCUGGGCGUUCAUGUUCUUACUCUCCUUGCCUAACAUGAUCCUGACCAACAGGAGGCCAAGUGACAAGAAUGUGAAGAAAUGCUCAUUCCUGAAAUCAGAGUUUGGUCUGGUCUGGCACGAAAUAGUCAAUUACAUCUGUCAAGUCAUUUUCUGGAUUAAUUUUCUAAUUGUCAUUGUAUGCUACACGCUCAUUACAAAAGAACUGUACAAGUCAUACGUGAGAACAAGGGGCGUCGGCAAAGUCCCCAAGAAAAAGGUAAACAUCAAAGUUUUCAUUAUCAUUGCUGUAUUUUUUAUUUGCUUCGUUCCUUUCCACUUUGCCCGAAUUCCCUACACCCUGAGUCAAACGCGGGAUGUCUUUGACUGCUCUGCUGAGAACACUCUGUUCUACGUCAAAGAGAGCACUCUCUGGUUAACUUCCUUAAACGCGUGCCUGGAUCCAUUCAUCUACUUCUUCCUUUGCAAAUCCUUCAAAAAUUCCUUGAUGAGUAUGCUGAGAUGCUCCAAUUCUGCGUCAUCUCCAUCCCAUAAAAACAGGAGAAAAGGGCAGGAUGGUGGUGACCCAAGUGAAGAGACCCCAGUGUAAACAAACUGAGGUAAUAUUUCAGUCUAUCAGUGUCUGGAACUCCAGACAGGCAAGCACUAUGUGAAAAUAUUAAUACUGACUAAGAAGUAGCUGAGUUAGUAACGAUAACUCUUGAAACAAGUUAAUAGAAGGUGACAAAAGCAAUUUUCGUUUAUUUGCCUGGCACUGAAAGCAAUCUUAAAAUGCAGAAAAGUAACCGAACAGGUAGCUGUGUAGCAAAACAAACUGCAUCCAGUCACCACGCCACGUGCAAAACUACACAGAAGUCAGACGUGUAGAGUUUUGGCAAAAUGGGUAACCAUAUAAUAACAUUUACGGUAAUUUUUAAAAUAUAUUACUGAUCACAAUGCUAUUAUCAACUUAUUAUAAUCAACUAAGAAUGAUAAAUCUGAUAAAAUCUUCUGACCAAAUAUUAUACUUACAUACUGAUAUAUGUAUAUAUACUUAUACGUACUUACAUAUGUAUAUAUACCCCAGUCCCUUAACCAAAUGCUGACCUAUUGUGAUACUCAUAAGUAACUGGGACAUGCAAAGAACAGUAACUAUUAACUUUUAAUUAUAAGCAAAAACUUAAGGGAUUUAAACUAAUUGAAAUGGUAAUUGAUGAGACUAAAUUUUUUUUUCAUUAAGAUAGAGGUUUUACAACUACCUUCUCAAGAAAAAGAGCAAAAAUAGCAAAGUUAUUAAAAUAGUUGCUUUAUGACAUUCUAAUACCAAAAACUUAUGAAUAUAUCCUUAGCACCAGAGAAACCAGUUUGCUACUAUUUUGACAACUUUAGUAAAUACAGUACCAUCAUCGAUACUUAUCAUUAUUAACUAGCUUCUAGAAACUGCCUGCGAUUUGGGUUAAUGAACAUUUCCCUUAUGAGAAAAACAAGUUAAAUAUGAUUAUGCAGUUGAACAGUAUAACUAUUAGCAGGAAAGUGAUGAAAAUGUCUGGAAUUACCUGUUUGUGUAGAUAAUAAAAAAUUUACAUUAAAGUCUAAAACAUACUUUGUGGGAAUUUCUUUCUUCAAAGAUACUAGAUACUAUGACUCAUCUUUCAUAUACGCCUACAUCAAACAAACCCCUUUAAGAAAAGAUAGCUGCCAACACAAUCCCUUUUAUUACACACUAUUGGGCAAAAUCUCUUCUGAAGGUGACAUCUCACAUCAAUUAGUUCAUAUGUAAAUGAAAAAAUAGGUCAAACUUAUAAUGUAGUCUGAUUCCCCACAAGCCAUAUUAUUUUUUAUUAUUAAAAAAUACGUAACACACUUGGAAGUGGACACGAUUUAUCUCAAUUAUUUAGGCUCCUCAGAGGUGAUUCCCAAAUACAAGGCAUAGAAACCAAUAUCUAAAUAUAAUGUGAGAAGAAAUAAAAAUGGUGAGUUGUAGUAAAAGGAAGUUCACUGAACACCAAUAAUAAUCUAUUUUAUUCUGCUGAGUUAAAUUUCAGUACGAAGUUGAACUCAUUUAACUCUCUAGAUGGUAUCUAUUCUUGAGCGGCCACAGUUCCUUCUCUGGCACUUCUGCCAGCAAGCACUGGAUGUCAGUGGAGAUGCACAUAGAGGCAUGCAUCAAAAAAGAUGCAUAUUCGACCUACUGCUGGGGCAAAGGCAGUAGCCAUUUCUGCCAGGUAAACCAAUGCAAUUCACUCUAAUGUCAUAUGAGUAAGCACAUUCUGUAAGAAUACCAGGAUAUUUGAGCUGGAAGAGAAACUAAGGAUCAACUAAUCUGACCAUCUUACUUUGUAUAUGGGAAAAGUGAAGGGCAGAUUUACUCCUCAAUCCAGUCAAGUCAGGGGUAGACAGUGGAUGAAAGCUGGCCACCUCACGGUGCCAGGAUCACAUGAGGUGUCGGGAGACUACAGGAUGGGCAGAGAUUUCCUGAAUAAUCUUUCAUUUUGGAUUAAACUCAUUCACUGAGAUGACAAU